CCAAUGCAGAAUCCACUCUAGGCACGAAUGAAACGCUCUCGCUACAGAGCAUGAAGGGGAUAAGUGGUUGCGAGCAUGGAUCAGCUUAUGAGCUAUCUCUGGAUGAUCUUUCGCGAGCUCUACCUCCUGCACUCUCCUACUCUCCACUGGUUAUACCGUUAUCUCGGAGCAAUACAAAUCCCAAACCUGACGACAAGUAUCGAAAAGAAAAAAUAGAGGCGAAGGCAGAAACCGUGACGCUUCUCCGGCGCGACCUCUACGAUGCCCGUUACCAGCUCAUCUCUGAGUCUGAAGCGUCUUCCGUUGAUGUCUCUUCUGCUACAAGCGUACCAAAGGGAGCAACUUCGGCAGAACGCCCGGAAACACUAGAUUAUAUUAACAAUCCAUCGGAUCUUAUACCUGGCGUAUACGAAGGCGGAUUGAAGACCUGGGAAUGCAGCCUCGAUCUCGUUGAUUAUCUUGCGAAUGUGAGCGAUCCACGCGAGGAUUGGGUGAGAGGUAAGAGGAUUAUCGAGCUUGGCUGCGGGACGGCGGUUCCAAAUCUCUACCUGCUGCAUACACUCUUCUCAAAUCCUCAGAGGGCUAGUUCAGAUGCGGAUAAGCUUUCGACGGAAAUCGUUCUGCAAGAUUUCAAUGACCUAGUUUUACGACUCGUCACGUUUCCAAAUGUCCUCUUACAAUGGUAUGCCUCCCCACUAGCUGAAGAAUACCGUUUACAACACCCACCUGAAGAUGAAGUGGUUUUCAGCCCCGACACACCAGGAGACAUGCACAUCACGCCUCAGUUGAUAUCUGCCUUCCAUACUUCCUUGCAGGAGCAGGGAAUCGCAAUCUGCUUUAUCGCGGGCUCAUGGCAGUCUCUCAGCGACAGUGACAUCCGAGGCGCGUUUCCACUUGACAUUACGCUCACGUCGGAGACGAUUUAUGAAACAUCAAGUCUGCCUUCUCUAAUCGCACUUCUGAAGCGGUGUACGCAGGGUGAAGCAAAGGAUGUACGCGAUGUUGACAAUACCACAACGCAAACUAGUGAUCUUGUUAUUGAAGGAAGUGCAAGACUCUGUUUAAUUGCGGCAAAGGUGUUGUACUUUGGAGUUGGUGGCAGCGUGAUGGAGUUUGAGCGCGCAAUAACUAAGGCAGGCGGUAAAACCACGACUGUGUUGGAUAGACAAGCUGGUGUUGAGAGGAAAGUCAUGAGCAUUGCGUGGACAUAAUAUCACGGGUCGUGGACAAAAAUAUCAUGUAUAUUCAUGUAAAAUGGG